CAGGUGCUUGGUAAAAAAAGGCAAGAGGAACUGAGGCAAGGGCGUGCCUGGCAAAUUCACACUAGACUUCGUGACUUUGGUUGUGGCAAAAGUCUUUUUAUUUGCCCUUGAUACCAAAACUGAGUCCUAGAAGGGAUCCUCUGUGGUGUACCCAUUUGUUCCACAAAUAAGAAAAUGGUUGAGUCCUAGCAAUUUCCCAUCAGUUUCUCUUGUGAGUACUGGAAUUUACAGAAUUUACAUGAGAAAUAGCUCUUUCUCUGCCAGAGCCCUUUUUUGAGGGACUAGCAAGAAAAACUGCUAUCAGCCCGCUGAACUGUGAAGCUUUAAGGAACAAGAGGCAAGCUUCCCCUGGGAACAUCAUGGCUACAGCUACCUUCCUCUUUUGAUGCAGGUGUUAGACUUUUCUGAAAGUGGGAAUGUACGUCUGAGUCUAUUACAAAGUGCUGCCCCUGCCAAUGUCAAUAGUGAGAAGGAGCUGAGAGGACUAGAGGUAUACACAACAUGCACAAAGAUGCAGAUCUGUUGACAUGCGACAUAAUUAGCUCUCCUUGAGGAAUGACUUGUUCACUUACCUGACUUGUGCUGUUAGGACGUGGAAGUGGCCAGGAUUACCAGAAGGAACACAAAUGUCCUUGAAGUUAGUGAGCUGUCCUGCAAUGCAUGAACUUUAUCAGAACUCCACUAGGAAUUAGACAGGCUUAACUAACACUUCUAGUUUUCUGGCAACACAUCUUCUCUCCGUUCCUUCACGUGAAGAAUAUAGGGGAAAAAAAAACCUGAAGAGGAGUCCUGGUUUCCAAAUUUUUUGUUCAACUCAGAAGCAUAUCCUCCUGCCAUGGUCUUAGACAGAUGGUUAAAGCAGAGCAGUGGGCUCUCCUAUGGAAAAUUCAGCAACUUCCUGGCUGGGGUUGUGCUUGUCUCCUGUGAGGGCAGGUCUAAAUACCCAUCUGUCAUUACUAACAAGGUUGUGCAAUCCGUGAAGCUGUGAGAUGUAUACUACAUGUGGCUAGAUUGGAGCAGGCCUGAGCUGGAGUGGGACAGACAGUGUGCAUGUGGCAGCACAGGACUGGGGCCCAGACACCUGCCUCCUGCUACCCAUCGUGUUCCCCCAGGCGAGUCUGAUGGAAUGUGUCCAUGAUGGUCUUUGCUGAGAUUUCCCAAGCUCUGCCUUGUUUUCCUGCUGGGAGCUGGGCUUGCCUCAGGUCACAUUGCUGCUGCAGUGCCACACCUGCAUCAUUUGCAGAUCUGGCAAGCAAUGUGUUUCUUCAGCUGUAGCACAGUGGUGGCUUCCUUGUCAGUGGUGUAAGGCAGAAUUGCUCAAUGCUGGCAGCUCCCUUCCCUUUGCUCUUGUCAGGCUUUCCAGGCAGUGUGAUUGUAUCUCCUGCUGGCAGCUUUCUGCCACUCCGGGGAAUUCCCAGGUGUUGUGUAAGACUGUCCUUUUAAAGCCCCUUGUGUUUGCUUGCCCCUGGCCUCCUCUUGGGUGACUUCCAGGCUCCAGCCAUGAGGCUUCGUGAAGCUGGUGCCUCUGCUGUGCUUGUGGUGCUGUGUGCUCUGGAGGCCUGUGCCCUGGACAGCUACAUUGCAGCUGUCUACGAGCACAGUGUGGUCUUGUCAGAGGACACUGAAGUGCCGGUUUCUCCUGAGGAGGCCUUGAUGCUGAUGGAGAAAAACAUGGCAGUUUUGGAAGUGGCCAUCAAAGAAGCAGCCAGACAGGGUGCCCAUAUCAUUGUUACUCCUGAAGAUGGCAUUUACGGCUGGGUCUUCACAAGGGAAACAAUAUACCCUUAUCUUGAGGAUAUCCCAGACCCACAGGUGGACUGGAUUCCGUGUGCUGAUCCUGGAAGGUUUGCUCCCUCACCUGUGCUGGAAAGACUGAGCUGUCUGGCAAGGAAUAACUCCAUCUAUGUGGUUGCAAAUAUUGGAGACAAGAAGACCUGUAAUUCCAGUGAUCCGAGGUGCCCAAGUGAUGGUCGCUAUCAGUACAAUACCAACGUUGUCUUUGACUCAGAAGGCAAACUGGUGACUCGAUAUCACAAGUACAACCUUUUUGUGACAGAGAAACAGUUUAAUUACCCCAAGGAUCCAGAAUUUGUGACUUUCAAUACAUCCUUUGGCCACUUUGGCAUUUUCACUUGUGCAGAUAUACUCUAUCAUGACCCAGCCGUGGUCUUGGCAAGCAUAUUUCAGGUUGACACCAUUCUGUUCCCAACUGCCUGGGGUAACACUCUUCCACUGUUGUCAGCGGUGCAGUUUCACUCAGCGUGGGCCAUGGGGAUGGGCGUCAACUUUCUUGCAGCAAAUACUCACAACUCCACUUUAGAUAUGACAGGGAGUGGUAUUUAUGCCCCAGAUGGUCCGAGAGCAUACUAUUAUAAUACAGAAAUGGAAAACGGUCACCUUUUGGUAACAGAACUGAGUUCAUACCCACGUCUCUCUCCGGACUAUCCUGCUGCUGUUAACUGGAGAUUACAUGCCAGCGGGAUCAAGCAACUUCCAUCAAACAACCACUAUUUCAGUGGGGUUGUUUACCAUGACCUCUUCUCCUUCACGGUGCUCACUGAACCUGAGGGAAACCGUGCCAUUUGCCAGCAAGACCUCUGUUGCCAUCUGAGUUACAAGAUGGUAGAGAAGCAGAAAGAUGACAUUUAUGUUUUGGGUGCCUUUGAUGGGCUACAUGUUGUUGAAGGAGAGUAUUACUUGCAGAUAUGCACACUGCUCAAGUGUAAGAGCACAGAUCAGAACACGUGUGGGCAGCCAGUGGAGACGGCUCAGACCAAGUUUGAGAUGUUCUCCCUCAGUGGCACAUUUGGCACCAACUAUGUCUUUCCAGAAGUCUUGUACAGCGGAGUGCAGCUGGCCCCUGGGGAGUUCAAGGUACUAACUGAUGGACGUCUUGUAAGUCGGAGUAGUACAUCAAAGCCAGUUUUGAGUGUAACACUCUUUGGGAGGUGGUAUGAAAAGGACCCUCCACACACAGAGCAAGCUUCACUGUGAUUUGACCUGCAGAUCCUUUUAAGAUAUCUUCUGCGUAUUUCUACAGUGCUAAUUAAUAAUAAUUAAUCAUAAUGUUAAUUAAUGGUAAUACCUAUAAUUAUAAUGGCAUUCUAUUUCUCAGCUUGCCUUAUCUAACUGUAUAGUCACUGCACAUUGAUUUGUUGACUUGAUUUUGAAGCAAAAAUGAAUUACUCUGAUGUGCAGUUCUGUAUGUAUUUUUAUAUGAUACCAUUUGCUGUCAUAAGCUUGACCUUGACACUGGAGACAAAAAAAAAGAUUCUUCUGACUUUAGUGGUGUAGGAUUCAGGCAUGUAGCAGUGGGUUGUGGCCCAAUAAGAACAGAUUUUUAAUUCUUUGACAUUUUUGGUGGAUGUCCUGGUUUAGGCCCAUCAGGGAACAAAGACCACGAUUAGCCUGAGUACCGAAGUGGGUGAGAAUUGCUCAAGGGCAGGGAGAGCUUAAUUGCCGCUUAAGGUUCAGGACAAAACAGACCAGGCUACUCGGUUUGGGGAAGAAAACAGAGAAAAAAAUAAUUUAAUGCAACAUCAACUAAAACAUACCCCCAAAAACCCAAAACAUAACCAAAACGAAACAACACAGAGUAAUACAUCAAUGAAGAGUCCAACCAGCCUUUUUAAGAACACCUUCUUGCCACACCUCCCCUCUUCCCGGGCUCAGAGCCCUGAUCCCGGAGUUUUUACCGUGCCUUCCCCCCCGAACGGUUCGGGGGGGCAGGCAGUGGGGGUUUCAGUUAGUCUGUUCCUGAUAGCUUCUGCCGUUUGUCCCUCCUCAGGACGGGUGAACUCCACGCCAGUCGUCCCUGCAAGUCCGUGGGGUAACUCACACGCAUGGCAGACCUGCACGGGCUGCUCCGACGUGCACCCAUUCCAAAGGCUGCAGCUCCUCUCUGCCUCUCGUGUGGGGCUGCUCUGCGGCGUACAGGCUCUCCAACACGGCCUGGGCCAUGGCCGUCUCCCCACACAGUCCCUCGCCCGUCCGGGCUCACUCACAUGGAGCUGCUGGUAACUCUCGGUCCUGCCAAGGGUCUCCAUAGGUUGCAGGGGCACAGCUUGCAUUCUCGCCAUGGCUUGCAGAGGGGUCUCUGGUCUACUGCUUCUCCUUCCUUCCUCCUCUGGCUGAAGGGUCCGCGUGGUCACCUCCAUCUUGUAUCACUCUUACACCUCCUGACUCGCAUUUCAAAUUCCCGUCCCCUAAAUAGUGAUGGCAGAGGCGCCAGAUUGGCCCAGCCGGGCCGGAGGUGGGUGUGAACCCAGGAGCCGGGGGAGAGUCCGCAAACUCUUUACCGGGUCUUCACUGCAACCCGCUCCCCCUGUUACUAAGCCAAAAGCUGCUUCUUGCUAAACAAGAACAGUGGAGCAAGAAGUGGUUUCCACAAUACUGUUCUACCUCAUCUCUGAAUACACGCACACAUUUCUAAACUGGAGUUUAACUGAACCUUUGAAGAAUGAAAGUUGAACUUUUAUUGUUUACUUUGAAAAGUAAACACAAGUUUUCAACAUCUUCAUCAACGACCUGGAUGAGGGGACAGAGUCUACCCUCAGCAAGUUCCCUAAUGACACCAAACUAGGAGGACUGGCUCAUUCCCCAGAAGACUGUGCUGCCAUUCAGCGGGAUCUCGACCAGCUUGAGAGUUGGGCAGAGAGGAACCUCAUGAGGUUCAACAAGGACAAAUGUAGAGUCCUGCAU